UUUGUUAAAGUGUAUCGGGGUGUGUGUAUGGACGCGUAUACACACGCGAUACAUAUAUAUAUAUAUAUAUUAUGUAGCUCAUGUUCGGUGUAGUAAACUACUAAUUACCAAGUCUCUUCUUCUUCCUCCUCCACAGCUGUUUAUUUCUUUAUGACCGAUCCAAGAAGUCAAGAAGCAAAGGAGGAUCUCCUGUUCUUGCUCCACCAAAGAGCAGAGAAACCCUAAGAUUCAGAUCCUCUCCCCAAAAAUCGAAGGCUUAUCUUCCAUCUAAACCAGAUCGUUUAAUCUCCACAUCUGGAGAGAUCGAAUCAGACAUCCUAUUUCUUCCCACCAGAGACAACCCAAGGUCUAAUCAAGUCGUUGAGCCAUGGCCUCCUCGUCAUCUUCGAACUCGCCAUGCGCGGCCUGCAAGUUCCUCCGCCGGAAAUGCCAACCGGAGUGUGUUUUCGCGCCAUAUUUCCCGCCGGACCAGCCGCAGAAAUUCGCCAACGUCCACAAGGUGUUCGGCGCGAGCAACGUGACCAAACUCCUGAACGAGCUCCACCCGUCACAGCGAGAAGACGCCGUCAACUCUCUCGCCUACGAAGCCGACAUGCGUCUACGAGAUCCCGUCUAUGGCUGCGUCGGCGUCAUAUCUCUUCUCCAGCACCAACUCCGCCAGCUUCAGAUCGAUCUCAGCUGCGCAAAAUCCGAACUUUCCAAGUACCAAAGCCUCGGCCUCCUCGGCAUCAACCUCCUCGGCGGCAACGCAAACGCAUCCACAAACGCAAACGCGAACGCAGGGCAUCAGUUCCACCACCAGUUCUUUCCUAGGGAGCAGAUGUUUGGAGGGUUUGUUGAUAAUCAUCAUCACCAUCACUCCGGCGGGAGCAACUACGAUGGCGCGACCGCCGGGAUUUUGACGAUUGGACAAAUCGCGACGCAGUUUCAGCAGCCGUGUCCGGCGGCCGGAGAUGACGUUCGUCGUACCAUCGACCCAUCUUAAGUGGUCAUUUCACGAUUUAGGGUUUGGAUUAUCCAUUGAAGCGAAUCAAGCAUACGGUGCGUAUUUAAAUUUGAUUAUAUGAAUUUUAAUUGAUUAUUGUUAUUAUUUAUGGUCUGUUAUAUUAUAUAAUAUUAUACGAUAGGGUCGGUUUUUGCAUUGUUUUCAUCUUUUGGACCACGACGAUAUACUUCUUUGUUUUUGG